AUGCACACAUGGCAUUUAUUGAACGGAACGAUUACCUUUGAAGUGCCCGCUUUGGAGAAUGUACACCUCUCUGGCCACACUUCACAGGACAACGGGGGCUUUCCCCAUUCUCCCGAUUCGCUUUCGUUGCUCGCACCGGAUUUUGUGGCUUCUGCGGACCAGUUAACAGAUGUCCCUCCUACGGUCCCACAGCAGCUGCAGCAGUCACCGAUGAUGCCAUGCUCCGAUGUGGAGGACAAUACGACCGUUUGUCAGCCAGCUGUGGAAGAGAACAGUAUAAAGGAAUCCCAACUACAUUUGUCAAAUGUGCUCCUACCGGCGGAUAAGUGUCUCACUCCCUCACACCCCACAAGUGUCCCAUCAGAUCCCAUGGUUGAGACAGAGUUGAUAGUUCAUGAGAUGGAAAGGCGGCUUCUUUUGCCGGAUAGCUUGUGCGUUGCAACUGAGCAGGAUUUCUUUCAAAACACUCCCCCAGCGCCAAACUCACACACACCGGGAAGUCCGUUGGCGACGGAUGCAUUGGAAGUCAAUGACAACCCGAAGAUUCCGGAUACAGUGGACACCCAGCGAACGCUUGCAGUACAGCUGGAGUCCAUUGAGGACGCGAUGCUUAAUCGCGCAGCGUCUGCGUGGUUAUUACCUUCUACAUCAACUGACGAGCGUGAACAAAGUCCUACUCGUGAUCUGCUGUAUGACAAAUUGGACCUCUUGGGUGCAUUACUUCUUACACCACCGCCGCCAAGUGAACAAGAACAGCCGGGUGACAUUCUGCCUGAGCCUAGGUUAAUCUCUCCACCUGGAACAAACCGCUCUUUGUUAGGUCAAGAUUUUCUAUCACGCCCCGACCCAUCACGUGAUUCUAUGCAGGAUGAUACCGAAGAGCGUGGUACUCCAUCUGCUGAUUUAUUCUCGAAUUUUGGAGAACCUGAUGCAUUGGGUCAACAACUACGUUCUAGGGAUUCGAGUGGACUACCUCACAAUCUCUCUGAAGUCUGCGGUCUCGGUGGAAAUAUCCACGGAGAGAUGUGA